AUGGCAUCGAUGUCGUCGAGCCUCUCGCUGCCGUGCCUCGCCCUCCAGUGCGACUUGGGCCGGUCGACGUCGACGGUGCUGCUCAGCGUGCCGGAGAAGAAGGUCGUCGCCACGGCGGCCGACGUCGACGCCCUCAUCGCGCCAGCGCUGGCCAACAAGAGCGUACUGCCCACGGCGCGUGGCUACGUGCUCGCCCGGGACCCCGCCUCCCUGGCCACCUUCCUCUACAGCCCCCAGAGCCGCCGCAAGAUCGACCUGCCGCCGCUAGCCAUCGACCAGGACCUGCUCAGGCACGGCGCCCACUGCCUGCUCUCCCACGAGCCCACCGAUCCCAGCUGCGUCGUGCUCCUCGUCGAGCCCAACACCACCUUCAUCUGGCACCUCCGCCUCGCCGGUGACCAGACGCAGUGGCAGAGACACGAGUACGACAUCGGGUCCCAAGUGUACGACGACGACGAGGAUGACGAAAAGCAUCCGGCCUGGGUCGGGAAGACCGUGAUCCGCCAGAUUAGCGCGUGCCGCGGCAAGUUCUACUUCAACCUGCCCUCGACCGAGCUGGGCGUCGUCGACUUCUCCGCUGGCCCGCCGGCUUUCGGCUCGAUCCCCGCCGGGUGCCACGACGAAGGGGAGUAUGCCGUGGUGGGCAGGGUUUUCCUGGUGGAAUCCGGAGGGGAGCUCUACAUGGUAAAGCUGCUGAUGGACGAGGCCAACCUGAACAAGUACACGGGCUUGAGCGUCUACGUGAUGGAUUUCGAGCGGACGCGGUGGCGCAGGGUGGGUGAUCUCGGCGGCCGCACCUUCGUCAUGGCGCCAGUCUACGUCGGCGCCUCGUGCGAGGCCGGACGGCUCCGAGGCGACUGCGUGUACGUGGUGUGCCCAAUGUCAAAGGAGUUGCAGGUUUUCGACGUCAAGGCCGGCAGCAUCCAGACGCAGAGGCUUGACGAAGCUCCCUUCUCGAACAACGGAUUUUGGGUGCUUCCCACUAGCUGCUAA